AUGCUUUUCGAUUUUAAAGUAAUUCCUCAACAAAUUCUUGAGCUUAAGUCAUUGAAGUCACUGUAUUUGGGCAGUAAUGCCAUUGAGUCGGUGCCCCGGGAUAUCCAUCGCCUGGAAUCGUUGCGUUUGCUGUAUUUGGGAGGCAAUCAACUGUCGGAACUGCCCGAAGAGGUGGGCCGACUGCAGCACUUGGAGUCGCUGUCUCUGUGCGAGAAUCAACUGAAAAGUCUGCCGCCGACUAUCGCUCAGUUGAAGUCCUUGCGGUCACUCGCCCUCCACCGCAACUGCUUGACUACAUUGCCGCCACAAAUCGUUAAAUUACGAUAUCUUAUGGAACUGUCCCUCAGAAACAAUCCGCUGGUUAUGCGGUUCAUUCGGGAUAUGAUGUAUGACGUGCCGAGUCUCAUGGAACUGGCCGCCCGGUCCAUCAAAUUAAAUAAACUUCAUUACAUUGACUGA